AUGCGUACCCUGGACCACUUCACCAAUAGCAGCACAGCACUCAGCCCCAGAGUGCUGACAGGCAGGCGAGCUCUCUGGUUUGACAAAGAGCAGCGGCCCUCGGCAGGCAGACCUGUCAACUCAGCAGCUGGCCGCACUCAAAGACCCCAAGUCCCCAACCCCCAGACCCCAAACCCUCAGGUCCCCAACCCCCAGACCCCAAACUCCCAGACCCUCAAACCCCCAGGCCCCAACCCCCAGAGACUCAAACCCCCAGGCCCAACCCCCAAACCUCGACACCCCAAACCCUCAUGUCCCCAACCCCAGACCCCAAACCCCACACCCCCAGGCCCCAACCCCCAGAUCUUCAAACUCCCAGACCCCAAACUUCAGACCCUCAAACCCCCAAACCCUAAAGCCCCAGACCCUCAAACCUCCAGACCCAAAAGCCCCAGGCCCUCAAACCCCCAGACCCUCAAACCCCAGGCCCCCAAACCCUCAGGUCCCCAUUCCCCCAAACCCCCAGUCUCCCAAACACCCAGGCCCCCAAACCCCCAGUCUCCCAAACCCCCAGGCCCCCAAUCCCUUAGGACCCAAACCCCCAGUCUCUCAAAGCCCCAGUCUCCCAAACCCCCAGGCCCCCAAACCCCAAGUCUCCCAAACCCUCAGUCUCCCAAACCCCCAGGCCCCCAAACCCCCAGUCUCCCAAACCCCCAGGCCCCCAAUCCCUUAGGACCCAAACCCCCAGUCUCUCAAAGCCCCAGUCUCCCAAACCCCCAGGCCCCCAAACCCCAAGUCUCCCAAACCCUCAGUCUCCCAAACCCCCAGGCCCCCAAACCCCCAGUCUCCCAAACCCCCAGGCCCCCAAUCCCUUAG